AUGUCUUGGCAAGAUCUGGUCGAUAACAACUUGGUUGGCACUGGAAACGUGGCCAAGGCCGCCAUUUGUGGCCUGGACGGCUCCAUCUGGGCCAAGUCCGGCAAUUUCAACGUAAGUUCGUCACUUUUAAUUUGUCAUAAAUGUUUACAUCAUUGUCGUAAAACAAACACACGUGGGUUGUUGACAUGGUAUCUUGUUGUAAUCUCGUCGUUCUCUCGCAGACACUUUAUAUUCGUUUUUUUCUUUUGCAAUCAUAAUUGUACCAAAAGCUCUCAUAAUUACAUUUUCUUUGGAAUUUUCAAGUUGUCAGAGAACUUUUGGAUUGUAUUAAUAUACUUUAACUUACUGUAACUGUAACUGGGUUACGCAAUAAUGAUUUCCUUAUGUUUGUGGUCAUUUUUUGUGAAACAAGAAACUUAUCUUGACACCUUUUGUAGCUAGACCCUUCUGAAGCCGCUACAGCAGCCAAAGCAUUCUCCGACCCGGGAUCCGUCCUAGCCAAUGGCCUCAGAUUCGAAGGUCAGAAGUUCUUCGUGCUUCAGGCCGACGAUGAGCGAGUGAUCGGCAAGAAGGCCGCCGACGGAUUCUUUUUGUACAAAACUCUUACAGGUAAUGAUUUAUGCCGUACUUUUUGAAGGCUUCUGUUUUUACUGCAUUUAUACUUUUUUUAAUCAGUGUAGUACCAAGUUUUGCUGAGUAAUACUAUUAUAAAGAGAAUUAUUGUUAUUUUUGAAAGCUGAAAACGAAAAAUUAAAAAAAAGACAUAAAUUGUUCAGUCUUUUACUGCUCGCUGUAAAUAACCUUAUUUUCUGAUCUUGUAGCUCAAAUUCUAUACGACAUUGAGUUAGUUCUGAAAGAUACUUGAUGUUCCAAUACAAGUCAUCUUAAGACUUUUAAAAUACCCUGUCGAAUAUAGAUUAUCACUCCAAACCAACCACUCCCUUAGGUGUUCAAAAACUUCUGUAAAAACAAUAUUAAUGUUCGUAUUUUAGCUUUUAUCAUCGCUUUAUACGACGCCAACGUACGUCCGGAACAGUGCAGUAAAGUUUCGGGAGAUCUCGCUGAUUACUUCAAAAAGACCAACUACUGA